AUGUUUAGCAUGUUUAGAAUACGUGAUUACGCUAAUAUUCAAAAUACUGCUACUGGAUCAAUGAGAAACAGUAAUCAAGCUGUUCGCAUCAAUUCAAAUCGUCGUAUAACAAGAUCUGCUACAGCAGUUCUUAGUAACCAGAUACUAGCUCGUACACGAGUUACUCAACCAGAGGGAUAUACCAAGAACAUUGAAAAAAAUACAACUUUAAUAUGUAUGAACUGUGAAGUUAAACUGAAAGAUAGGCUGUUUGCUUUAGAUUGUGGGCAUGGAAUGCAAGUCUGGGUUAAACAUGGAGAAAAUUGGGCAGUAAAAGUUAUCCUAAGAAAAAAAAGUGAUGUUGAUUAUUUAAAAGAAGCAAUCAAAGUAAAGUUAUCACCCUCUUUGGACAAUGUUCCAAUUAGUCGGAUCAUUUUAAAAAGACAUGGCGAAGAAACUGAGUUGCGCCCUGGUUUAACUAUAGAUAAGAACUUUACAACUACCACUGACACACCAAUUCAAGUAUUAGUAAAAGAAUCUGAAAACGGUAAAAUUAAUGAAAUUUUAAAAACUUUAAAAAAUCAGAGUGAAAAUUUAGAAAAUAUGGUAAAGAAUCGGAAUGAAAAUUUAGAAAAAAUGAGCAAGGAACUCGAUGAACGCGAAACUAAAACUAUAUCAAUUGUCACAGGGCUCAUUUAUAAAACUUUAUUGGUGGAUGAUAAAAAAUUGUCAGAAAAAAAUUCACCAUUUAUGUUAAACUUGGAGACAUCAUCAGGAAAAUUUCUUAAAGGCAAAUCAGACUUAUAUGUUUUGUGGGAUAGUUCGGACUCUUUACGUACAUUUAACGAUUUCAGUAGCAGAUACAAUAGUUCAAUUGAUAACAAAAUAAAAUUAGAAAAAAAGUUCAAUAAUAUAAAUGAUGAAGGUGAUAGCCCGUUUAAUUUUACAUCAGAAUAUGCAGAAGAUUAUUAUAAUCUAUUUUCUUCACAUGGUGAUGAAAAUCAUCAUAACGGUGAAUAUAUGUCAAUGUUUAAUUAG